AUGAAUUUGCCAAAAUUUAAAGGACAGUAUUCGGAGUUCAAAGACUUCAUGAGCUUGUUCGAGAGCCUUGUACACAACGAUCCUACAAUCCCAGAUAUUGAGGAAUUUAACCACUUGGUUAACUGUCUGUCUGGUGAGGCUUUGGGAACGGUAAAGGCCUUCCAAAUGUCGGACGAAAAUUAUUCGAAGGCUUUGGCUAGUCUCAAAAAAGUUUAUGAUAACAAAUGCUUAAUAUUUUUCGACACAAUUUCUAAACUUUUUGAGCUGCCAAAUAUCUCAAAGCCCUCUGCGCUUUCAUUGCGCACGAUGAUUGAUACAGUGUCGGCUGUUUAUGACUCACUGCUGUCGUUGGGUGACGAGAAAAAAUAUCACAAACGCAAUCAUAAUCCAUCUGGUAAUGUCGAAAGUUGA